UUUCCUGUUCGACAAGUCAGUUUUGUGGGUCAUACUUUAUAGAGAAAUGAAAAUCCGCAGACAUAAUUUUUACGACUCAGACUUUUUCAACUUUGUCUGAAGAUAUGAAGCAUCUGAAGAUUUUAAUUUUACCUGGCAUCCCUGCUCGCUAAACAUCCAGUUAUUGUUGUUCAUAGUUCAUAGUCAUGCAUUCAAUGAAAUGAGUUCAAGUUACCUUAAUAGCACUAAGAACCUGGUUCACCCGGACUGGGAGGUGGUAGACCCAACGCCAAACAUCCACACAUUGUUUCCCAUCUUCGAUCAGAAGUUUUUCCAAUCGAAACUAGUUUGUGUACAACUAGAAUGGAGCAAGAAAAUGUACAGCUGUGCUGGAAUCUGCUACCAACGUACAAACCGACUUGGGAAAAGCUGUACCAUCCGCUUAAGUGAACCGCUGCUGAAGCUGCGGUCUCGGAAAGAUCUGAUCGAGACGCUGCUGCAUGAGAUGAUACAUGCUUACUGCUUUGUGAUGGGCAUCCGAGAAGGCAACGGCGGACACGGUCCUUUGUUUAAGAAGAUGAUGACCGGAAUCAAUCGGAUAGCAGGGACGAACAUAACUGUCUAUCACACAUUCCACGACGAAGUCAAUUUGUACAAAACUCACUGGUGGAAAUGCAACGGCGUGUGUCAGAGUCGUGGGCCGUUUUAUGGGACAGUGAAACGAUCUUCGAACCGGAAACCAGGACCGUCGGAUUUUUGGUGGGCCGAACAUCAACGGUCCUGUGGGGGAGAGUUUCUGAAGAUCAAGGAACCGGAACCGAAACGGAAAAAAGCUUCUGCCAACAAAGAGAACGAACUGAAAGGAAAAUCCACUAGCAAUAAGAAAGUAACGAAAAGUCCUGUGAAAACUCCAAACAACAAUCGAAUACCGAAUUAUUUCAACUCGACACCGAACACUGGGGGAAAACAAAAUCCCAGUGGCUUCAAAAAACCCUACACAGGAACGGUGGCUAACUCGGGGGGCCGUACAGUGGUUGUACGAAAACCUCCGAGUGCGAAAACGAAUACCCCACAGCCAACGCCCAACAAUCGGCCAGUUGUGAAAACCCCGAAACCGGUUGUUCCCCCGGGAGGAAAUCUCAAGAACGUAAAACAGUUUAAAGAUCUUUCCGACAGUGAUACGGAUGCUACUCCAAAAGAUAGAUCACCAGUGGCUCUGUUCACCGGUUCGGGCAAUGUACUUGGUGGGUCAAGUCGACCGGGCAGUACCAGAAAUAGCCGUUUGUUGGACCAGUUUUCACCACAGGAGAAAAAACCUCGACAAGAGAAAACCAAACCACAGCCGGAAACUAUCGAUCUUGUGGCGGACGACGACGAAGAAGACUAUAUUUUCGAACAGAUUGACCUGGACCAGAUUAAGCAGAAUCGACGCGAUUCUAUCAAGAAAGAAAUCAUGAACUCGUUCGCCGAUGAUGAAAUGGAUGAAAUUGUUUUAAUCGAUGAUGAGUAUGACGACGGUGAUGACGCGGCCGCCUCCGAACUAGUCAAUCUCGAUGGAUCACUCACUGACACUUCCGUUAUUGAUGAGCUCUUCGGUGAGCAUGAUGCGUUGAUUGAUGAGUUCAAUCGAACCAACGGUGAGAACCGAACGGACCGGAAAGAAAACGAAUUCGUUGCUUGUCCCAUGUGUUCGGCGAAAAUUAAGAGAUCCCAGCUGGCUCCUCAUCUGGAAUUUUGCUACGGAGUGUUAUCGGCAGACGAUGAUGUACCAUUCGAUCCAAACAAACCAUCCACCUCGAAAAGUAAAUCGAGUAAAUCCGAAACAAAGAGCAAGAGUUCACAAGAUCGCGAAGAACAGCAAAAAAUAUUGCAACAGUGCGGGUAUAGCGAAUCGGAAAUUGCCAAAGCACUAGCAACCAUGGAGGAAGAAGAAAACAGGCAGAGAGUUGUAGAGGAUAAUUCCAUUGAAAUGCAGCUACUGCAUGAUGGGAAUGAGAUUGACUUGACAUCGGUGGGCGAGCAGUGCGAGUGUCCGAUCUGCCGCCGAAAGGUAGCAUUCGAGAUGAUUAAUCAACAUCUGGACCAGUGCCUAGGAACUUGAUCUGAAUAUUGCUUGAAUUGGGCUAAAUUUUCGUUUGUUUUGUGACAAUAAAUUUAUGUUUGUUUUUCAAA